AUGCCUACAUCGGCCACCAGCGCAAACGUGGGCGUAGAUCUUAAACCAACUGGAGAGGCUUCUGCAAAGCCCAAGCCGUGCUGCGUAUGUAAAGAUGAGAAAGCUGCUCGAGACGAAUGUAUGCUAUUUAGCACGGCCAAGGAUCCCCAAGAAGCCUGCGCAAGUAUGGUGGAAAAAUACAAGAGUUGUAUGGCUGGCUUUGGGUUCAAUUUGCCAUGA